AUGCCUCCGCGACACCAAACACUGCCCCCGGCGCAGACCGCAGCCGCCCGCGAAGCCCUGCAAUCAUUCUAUUGCAGCCUCUGUUCGAAAGGAUACUCUCGCAUGAACGAUUACGAGGCGCACCUUAGUAGCUAUGACCACAGCCAUAAACAACGUCUCAAAGACAUGAAGGCUAUGGUUCGCGAUCCGAACGCCGGCGCCCGAGCUCGGAAGGCUGAAGCCAGGGCGGAUGGCCUUGUCAGCAUCAAGCUCGCCAACAACGAGCAGCCGCAGCAGUCUACGACAGGUGGAGGACUCAAGAAGGGCGGCUUCAAGAAGUCAGGUUUCAAAUCGGCAUUCGCCCUCGUCGAUGCCCCAAACGCGCUAGACGCCCCGAGAUCAAAAGUCGGCCAAGCCCUAGAGGCAGACAGACUUGCGAACGCACGCGAACGGGAUGUCCUGAUUGAGAGCGAUACCGACGACGAAGACUACGAACAUUACGACCCGAAAUACCCCACCGAGUGA